CCCUCGGCAGUGCUGAGGGCGACUCGUCGCCAUUAAGGGGCCGCGGCGCGGAGGCGGACGGGGUUCUGAGGCAGCCCGGGGGGCUUCCCUUGGGCGGCGGAGGCGGCGACAGCGAGACUCCCCGUUCCCCUUCGCCAACCCCCGCUCGAGCCGGGGCCGGCCUUGCGGGGCUCCCUCGCGCCUUCGCUCUCCGCCGCGCCUCCGCCGCCUCCGGGGCCCCGCAGGCCCCUCCGCCUCUCGGGCCUCUCCUCGCCGGCUUCCUCUUCUUUCUUCCCGCCCCCCCGGUUCCCUCGUCAGGGCCACGCCGUGAGGAAAACAAUGUCGCCAUGAGGGUGGCCGAGAGUCCUGCGCCGCGCCGACCCCGCCGCCGCCGGGCCAUGAGCCUGGCCUUGGGCCUCAACCGCCACUCGCGCUCACCUGGCUUCCUUCUCCGUCUCCACAGCGGCGGCGCCUCCCCAGCGGCGCCUUUGGAUGCUCCGGAGCCCCUCCGCGCUCGGAACAGCGGCGACGGCAAACAGCAGCAGCGGUCUCCCUCCCGGCGACAGGAUGGACAAGAGCAACCCUUGCGGCUCCGGCCUCGGUCCCGGCUCCUCCGCCGCGGCGGGAGGCAAAGGCCAGCCGCCGCGCUCUAACUCGGCCGGCCCCACCGGAGGAGAGUCCAAGCCCAAAGGCGAUGGAAAAAAUGCGAAUGGAUCCAAACAGCGUUAUAAUCGUAAGCGAGAAAAUUCAUAUCCCAAAAAUGAUAGCUUCUCCAGCCAGUCCCGUCGCUCCGCUUCACAGAAAAGCAAAGCUUUUAAUAAGGUGCCUCCCCAGAGAGGAGGACAGGGCAAUGGCGGCAAACCUUUUAGCUCUUCUUCUAAUGGUGGAAGACGAGAUGAGGUAGCAGAGGCCCAACGGGCAGAGUUUAGUCCUGCCCAGUUCUCUGGCCCCAAGAAGAUUAAUCUGAAUCAUUUGUUGAAUUUCACCUUUGAACCUCGUGGCCAGACAAGCCACUUCGAUGGGAAUGGUCGUGGCGCUUGGGGAAAAAGGAACAAGUGGGGCAAUAAACCUUUCAACAAGGAGCUCUUCCUACAGGCCAAUUGCCAGUUUGUGGUGUGCGAUGACCAGGACUACACAGUUCACUUCACAGACCCAGACAUCUUGGUCAACUGGGACUUUGUGGAACAAGUGCGGAUUUGCAGCCAUGAGGUACCCUCCUGCCCAAUAUGUUUAUACCCACCCACGGCUGCCAAGAUCACUCGCUGUGGGCACAUUUUCUGUUGGGCAUGCAUCCUGCACUAUCUGUCUUUGAGUGAGAAGACUUGGAGUAAGUGCCCCAUCUGUUAUGGCUCUGUUCACAAGAAGGAUCUUAAAAGUGUUGUUGCUCUUGAAACCCAUCAGUAUGCAAUUGGUGACACAAUUACAAUGCAGCUCAUGCGGCGGGAGAAAGGGGUCUUGAUAGCUCUGCCAAAGUCAAAGCUGACAAAUGUGGAGCAGCCUAUUCACCUGGGAGAUGAGCAACACAGCCAGUAUUCAAAACUGCUUCUGGCUUCUAAGUCUCAAGUGCUGCGGCAAGUAAUCUUGGAGGAGAAGGCAGCACUUAUACGUCAGUAUGAGGAAGACAAGCACACACCUGAAGCAUGUUUCAUUGAAGCAGCCAUCCAGGAGUUGAAGGAUCGAGAAGGCAGAUUGAUGGCUGGCAAAAAUCAAGACAGCGAUGUUGUAGGCACCGCAGAAGCUUUGGAAGAACUAGUUGUGACAGAGUUGCCUGAUGAAGCAGGAGCGGUGUCCCAGGAGAAAAAUCAGUGUGUUAUACAGUAUCUUUCUGCAUUUGAUGAAGAAAUUGUGGGCUCUUCCCCUGUGGAUUCUGCAAGUGGAAUUCAGCCCUUUUUGGAAACAGAAGAAUCUGUUGUGGAUGACCGAGAAGAAUCUGGCAUGGGUCUGGCAGACAUGAAUGAAAUGGGGAAUUCUAGUCUAGCUGAAUCUGCCCCUGAGAAAUCUAAAAUGGCACUCGGCAGUGGUCACCCAAGUAGCUCUCCUUUCUACUAUUUCUACCAAGCUGAGGAUGGGCAGUGUCUGUAUCUUCACCCAGUGAAUGUUCGCUGCCUUGUGCAUGAAUAUGGCAGCCUAGAGAAGAGUCCAGAGAAGAUCACUGCUACUGUGGUAGAAAUAUCUGGCCACUCCAUGACAGAGGAUGUGCGACAGCGUCACCGUUACCUUUGUCAUUUGCCACUCACUUGUGAGUUCAGUAUCUGUGAACUAGCCUUGAAGCCCCCUGUUAUCUCAAAGGAAACACUGCAGAUGUUUUCAGAUGAUAUUGAAAAAAGGAAGCGCCUUAGACAGAAAAAAGCCCGUGAUGAGCGACGCCGGGAGCGCAGAAUUGAGAUGGAGGAAAACAAGAAGCAGGGAAGAUAUCCAGAGGUUCAUAUUGCUUUAGAGAACCUGCAACAGUUCCCUGCCUUCAGUGCAUGUUCAGGAGAAGUUGAUGGCACUGAGAACCAGAGCGACACUCUGCUGUCUUCCUUGGGUCGAAGUCCUGCUUCUCAACCAGAGUUCUUGCUGACUCCACUAUCAUCUGCAGCCUGUCCUGGCAGCCCUUCUUUCUUGGUUGGAAACCUGGAGGAGGAAUUUACCCUGCCCUCAUUUGCUGAGAUGCUGAGGGCUGGAAAAGCUAAACCAGAGGCAUGGAGUAGUUCUCAGCCAAAGAAGAAAGAAGAGAACACCACCCUGGCUCCUCCAGCCCCAGGAGACAGUGAUGGGGAGAGUGAUAAUUCGGACCGUGUACCUGUGCCUAGUUUCCAGAAUUCCUUCAGUCAAGCUAUUGAGGCAGCCUUCCUAAAACUGGACAAGCCAUCCACUUCUGACCACCUCUUGGAGGAAAAAAGAGGCAAGAAAAAGAAGCAGAAGCAAAAGUUGCUGUUCAGCACUUCAGUUGUUCAUACAAAGUGAUCCUACUAACAGACAGAUUUGGCCUCUGGGUUUCCUUGUUUGCUUUUGUGUUUUUGCUGCUAUAGAUAAAAAGUAUUUAAAUUUGA